UGCAGCCGCUGCUCGACCACCCGACCAAACACACGAUGAUUUUCGUGCCGUCGUACUUUGACUUUGUACGCGUCCGCAACCUCUUUGCCGAGCACAAGAAGCUCAUCAACGUUGUCGCGAUCUCCGAGUACUCGACCGACGCGCAGAUCUCGCGCGCCCGCAACCAUUUCUUCCAUGGCCGCAUCAAUGUGUUUUUGAUGUCGGAGCGCUUUCACUUUUACAAGCAGUACCGGAUCCGCGGUGUCCACCAAGUGUUUUGGUACGCGCCGCCGUCGCUGGGCCCGUUCUACGCCGAAGUGCUCAACGCGAUGGGCGCGACGGACGAGGCCGACGCCGAGAACCUCAAGAGCGUCGUGCUCUACAGCCCCUGGGACACGCUCCGCGUGCAGCAGAUCGCGGGCUCGAAGCGCGCGGCCCGCAUGACGCGGUCGGGCGGCGACACCAAGUCCAUCUACAUGUUUUGCUAGACCCAUAAUAUACACGCUUGCACGAC